AGGUAUAAGUUUUGGGUCCUGGUGCUGACUUUUCUAUGCUACACUUCAUAUCAUCUAUCAAGAAAACCUUUGAGUGUUGUGAAGAAUGUUCUUGGUCAGAAUUGUACAGGAACUCCACAUGCAACUGUUACAGAUCAAAAUGUUGACAGUGAAGCUCAUUGUGCCUGGGCCCCAUUUGAUGGUGUUAAUGCUGACCAAUUACUGGGAACAUUGGACUCUGCCUUCCUCUUUGCAUAUGCUGCUGGAAUGUUCAUAAGGACUUCUUCAGAGAAGGGCGUCUUCACGAUUCUCGUCUUGCUGAAGUGCAUGCCAUUCAUAGACUUCUGCACAAUUCCUUGGGAAAUUAGCAGACCGAUUCUCUCCUAUCCAUUAGGGCCCGCCAAGUCCUUGGUCCCAUCUGCCAAGUCGCUGUCCACCACAAGUAGCAUAUCCUCUUAUGCGCUGUUUGUCGUAGAGAUAGGUUUGCUCUGCAAUAUCGACAGCAAGCCCAUCAAUGAGGAGAGCCUCAAAGACAACAAUAGGGUGUGUGUGUGUGUGUGUGAUCAAGUUAUUUUCUUCCAUUGUAGUGGCCCUGUUGCUGAACGAGUAAAUCUCCGUUACUUCCUGUCAUUGGGGAUGAUCUUCUCUGGCAUUUUCACAUACAUGUUUGGUAUUGCAAGGAAUUUCCGGAUCCAUGUCUUCUCCUACUAUCUCUUCAUUCAGGUCCUUGCAGGAUUUUUCCAGUCCACAGGAUGGCCUGGUGUUGUUACUUGUGUUGGGAAUUGGUAUGGAAGAAAAAAGAGAGGGUUGAUUUUUGGAGUGUGGAAUUCUCACACAUCUCUUGGUAAUAUCCUUGGCUCACUGAUAGCAGGGAUCUUCUUGGAUAUGGACUGGGGAUUAUCUUUCAUUAUCCCUGGUGUCAUCAUAGCAGUUGGUGGCUUUCUAGUUUUUCUUACAUUAGUGCCCACCCCAGAGGAAGUUGGCUGUGAAGACCCUGACUAUCAUGAUGACAAAGGAGUGAGGGUCAACAAGCAUUCUUUUGUUAACUCUUCUGCAAUGGCAAGUGAAAGAGAUGAAGAAUCCCAUGUUGCUGAUGGAGAUGAAGAGCCACUCUUGCCAGGGACUGAAGCUAUGGGCACAAGGACAAUGUCAUCUUUAGCUUCCUUCACAGCGUCUCGAGAGAAAGCCAUCAGCUUCACAGAUGCCCUCAAAAUCCCUGGAGUAGCUGAGUUUUCUUUGUGCCUCUUCUUUGCAAAACUAGUCAGCUAUACUUUCCUCUACUGGUUACCUCGCUACAUAAAAGAUAAGGCUCACUUCAGCAAUACCUUGAGUGCAUAUGUAAGCACACUAUUUGAUGUGGGAGGGAUCUUUGGUGGAAUCACAGCUGGAUUUGUGAGUGACAUGAGUCAGAUGAGUGCAUCUGUUUGCACAACAAUGCUCUUCCUAGCUGGUCAUUUGAUGUUCAUUUAUGAUCGCUUUGGGUCAGUGAGCAUUGGAGUGAAUGUUAGUCUCCUUGUGCUCAUGGGAUUCCUGGUUAAUGGGCCUUAUUCCCUCAUCACCACAGCCGUAUCUGCUGAGCUGGGAACACAUCAUUCCCUUCGAGGAAAUUCCCGAGCUCUUGCCACUGUCACAUCUAUCAUUGAUGGAACUGGCUCUGUUGGAGCAGCUAUAGGACCACUGCUUGCUGGGUUGAUCACAAAGACAGGCUGGGAUAAAGUAUUCUAUAUGCUCAUUGCCUCCGACAUCUGUGCCAUGUUUUUCUUGGUGCGGCUGGUGAAAAAGGAGGUCCGAGUAUGGUGGAUCUCAAGGAGGGCACGAUAUUGAGCUGCUGUGCAUAUCUUUGAGUCUCUAAUAUUGAUCAUCUGUGAUCUUGUUAAUUGGUCAAUAUGGGACCCAUAAUUUGCAUCCCAGUGUAUUCUAUCUGUAUGUACUGUUUUUUCUUUAGGGGUGUCAUGAUGUAUUGAUAGUUUCAUCAAGCAUUGCAAUCUGUAGGCAUUCCGAGAAUGGAAAUGCCAGAAUCAAAAUAUAUGUGGAUGCAUAUAGAUGAUGGAACCCUCACAGAGCCAGGAAAGUGACCAAGAAAGAGAAGGAAAAGGAUGCAAGCAAUGAGACAAAGGGAAGACAUUCUAGACUGGCUGGAUUUAUUUUUUUAUUCCCCUAUCUGCCUGUGAUGGCUUCUGGCCCCUUGCUGCAUGAAGAACUGGAGUGGGAAAGGCUAACUUGCAGGGCUCUGCACUGGGCAUAACAUCCUCUUCUGAGGGGAAUUACCAUUCUCCUUCCUCCCAGCAUUCAUCAAUGAUUAUAUGUAUAUAUAUUUGCCAUUGCAUUGAUGCAACUUCUAUGAUUCUGGUUGAUGCAUAAAUUUUUCCAAAACUGCCAUCAUGACAGCCCUAACUUUCUUCUUCCAAACUCCUUUGUGACAAUUGAAUUGAUUUACAUUCUCUUUUGUAUGGCAUAGAUGAAUUUUACCAAAGUGCCCCUGGCUGGCCCACACACUGUGAUGACUCGGGUGAUUUGCACUGGGCCUAUAUUAUCCGAUUUGGAUAAUUAUGCUGCUUGUAUUUGUAUUAUGCACUUGUAUCCUUGAGGGGAAGAACCACAUCAAUUUGUUUCUUGCAGUAAACCUGGAUCCGAAGGUCUGUCUGCUCUGCAGCAAUGAUAAUAACCCAUAAUAACACUAAUAACCAUUUCACAAUUAGCAUCUU